AUGACGCUGGCUUCCAUUUCGCUCAGUCUCAACUCCAACCUUUUCUCCCAGCACACUGCAUUAACGGCUGGUUACCUGGACACGAGCAAGGACAGUUAUCGCCGCGGCCGCGGAUCAAUCCAAAAUUGGCGGCAUGGGCGGUAUGAACCCGCCAAGAAUGACGUGGAGCACGCGGCGACGGCAAUAACGGAGCCGGAGAAGAAAGUGGCGGACGCUGAGCGCAAGAAGCGCGUGCUCAUUCUCAUGAGCGACACGGGUGGAGGCCACCGCGCCAGUGCUGAGGCGAUCAAGUCGACCUUCGAGCUAGAAUACGGAGAUAAGUACGAGGUGACCAUCAUCGACCUGUGGAAGGAGCACACGCCAUGGCCCUUCAACCAGAUGCCCAAGAGCUACAGCUUCCUCGUGCGCCACGAGACGCUGUGGAAGGUGGCUUUUUACGCCACUAAGCCCAAGUUCGUGCACCAACCGCAGAUGGCUGCGACCUCCGCGUUCGUUGCGAGGGAGGUAUCCAAGGGACUGGACAAGUACAAGCCGGACGUAAUAGUGAGCAUGCACCCGCUCAUGCAGCACAUCCAUCUACGUGCUGCGCUUCCUGCCUCUCAACCCUCGAUGUAUCAACCCCCGCUCCACCAUGUGUCAACUCUUCCCCUCUUACCCCCUCUGUCACAUUCCAUCAGGGAGGUAUCGAAGGGGCUGGACAAGUACAAGCCGGACGUGAUAGUGAGCGUGCAUCCGCUCAUGCAGCACAUCCCUCUGCGCGUGCUGCGUUCACGGGGCCUGCUGCACCGCAUCCCCUUCACCACCGUUGUCACCGACCUCACCACAUGCCACCCCACCUGGUUCCACCGCCUGGUGACGGUGUGCUUCUGCCCCACCAAGGACGUGGCUCAACGAGCUCUCAAGGCAGGCCUGCAGCCGCCUCAGAUCAGGAUACACGGGCUGCCCAUCCGACCAGCCUUCGCCAAGCCCUCAGCUCCCAAGGACGAGCUGAGCAGAGUAUUGGGGAUGGACCCUGACCUGCCAGCAGCGCUGCUGAUCGGCGGAGGGGGGGGCAUGGGGCCUGACGAGCUGCGCCAGGAAUUGGGGAUGGACCCUGAUCUGCCAGCCGCACUGCUGAUUGGCGGAGGGGAGGGCAUGGGCCCUGUGGAGGCGACUGCGAGGGCGCUGGCAGCCAACCUGGCGCCCUCGCGUGGUGGGGAGGCGGUGGCCAAGGGGCAGCUCGUGGUGAUCUGUGGCCGCAACAAGAAGCUGCUGGCUAAUCUCCAGGCCGUCAAGUGGCCCUUGCCUGUUGUGUUGAAGGGAUUUGUGACCAAUAUGCCUGAUGUGAUGGCCGCAUGUGACUGCAUCAUUACUAAGGCUGGUCCUGGCACGAUAGCAGAGUCUAUGAUCCGUGGUCUACCCAUGGUGCUCAAUGACUUUAUUGCAGGACAGGAAGCUGGAAAUGUUCCAUACGUUGUCGACAAUGGCACCGGAUUGUUUGAGGAGAAUCCCAAAGAGAUUGCGAACAUUGUGGCAGACUGGUUUGGGCCCAAGGCAGACCAGUUCAAGCAGAUGGCUGCCAACGCGCUCCGUGUUGCUCGUCCAGAUGCUGUUUUUCGCAUUGUGCAGGACCUGGACCAGCUUGCUUGCUCCAAGUGGAAGUAUAAUAUUGGCCUGCUACUUAUUCUUCUUGUAGUUUUCAUCUGGGUUACCUCCGCAGAGGUGACACAGCUUAUCUUCGAAAAAUACAGGCACCCCUUUUUGCUCACGUGGCUCGGUGCGGCUCUGUUGGUCAUUUACCUUCCGAUCGCCUACCUCAGGGAGUGCAUCACUCCGCUAAUAGCCAAACCUAGCUCCGUCGUACCGGGCGCGAAUUCAAAAUCCCUAAAGGAUCUGAAAAGUCACUCGAGCGGCGGCGAAUUGCAACGACUUAAGAAUGAGCCUCGACACCACAAGAGGCCCUCGAAGCCUCCACGUGAGAUCGAUGACAGCUCAAUGGAUGAAGAAAGUGACCUGGAUACGGAAUUGUUGCUUCAAAAGUCGUUAUCGGAUAUCGCACAACCCGUUCGUUCCGCGAAGCUUUCCACCCGGGAAAUCAUUAAGUGUGCUCUCAUCCUGGCACCGCUCUGGCUGCUUACUGAGUACCUGUCAAACGCCGCUCUGUCGAUGACAAGUGUAGCCAGCACAACCAUUCUUUCAUCGACUUCAGGCCUUUUCACUCUCCUUUUCGGGGUUACAUUAGGAAAUGAAAAGUUAACAACGGCCAAGGUAGUUGCUGUCCUGGUGAGCAUAGCUGGGGUGGUCAUGACUGAGCUCGGCAAAAGCACUGCAGCGGAUGAUAGCACGGUGUUUGGUGACGAUGCAAGAAAUCCUGGCGAAGGAGCUGGUCAAUAUGUGUUACCGAGUCAACAUCUUGUUGGUGAUAUUUUCGGCCUCCUCUCUGCAGUCUCUUAUGGAGUAUACACAACUCUUCUGCGCAAGUAUGUCGGCGAUGAUGAAGCAGGAGAAGAGAAAGCCGAUAUGCAGAAAGUUUUUGGGUUCAUUGGCUUGGUCACCUUACUCGGGCUAUGGUGGAUUGUUUUCCCUCUUCAUGUCCUUGGAUGGGAACCAUUGGCCGUUAUGCCAAGCACUGUCAAUCUAGAUGAGGACAUUGUUGCCAACAGCCUUGUUGGCAGUGUGGUCUCCGAUUAUUGCUGGGCGUUAUCAGUUGUAUGGACAACACCUCUUGUUGCCACGCUGGGCCUGUCCUUAACCAUCCCACUUGCCAUGGUUGCGGACAUGGUGAUGCAUGGCCGUCAGUACUCAUUUGUGUAUAUUCUUGGUUCUAUCCAGGUGUUUGGUGGCUUUUUGAUUGCAAACAUGGCGGACAAGUGCAUGGGUGGUCCUGCGACAGAUCAUGAAAGCCCACGGUUUGAGAAGGAGAUGAUUGAUAUUCUCAGGAGCCCGCUCUCCCCUCCUGUCCUCUCGCCCUCUCUCUCGCCCCUCCAUUCCCGUCGCGUGCUCUCUCUCCGCGCCCUUCUCGUCGCCCCUCUCAUCUCGUCGCGCUCUCUCUAUCCGCGCCCUCCCCGUCGCCUCCCUUCCCAUCGCGCUCUCUCUCUUUCCUCCCUUCCCGUCGCCCUCUCUCUCGCCCCUCCCUUCCCAUCGCGCUCUCUCUCUCCGCGCCCUUCUCAUCGCCCUCUCUCUCGCCCCUCUCAUCUCGUCGCGCUCUCUCUAUCCGCGCCCUUCCCGUCGCCUCCCUUCCCGCCGCCCUCUCUCUCUCCCCUCCCUUCCCGUCGCCCUCUCUCUCGCCCCUCCCUUCCCGUCGUGUUCUCUCUCUCCGCGCCCUUCCCGUCGCCCUCUCUCCCGUCGCCCUCUCUCCCAUCGCCCUCGCUCUCUUCUUCGCUCUGUCCCGGCCGUACCUUUAUUCCACCCCGUCUCGUCGCCCUCAAGAACUCCCCUACCUUCGCGUCUUCUUGUUGUUCUCCCAUCCCCUUUCUUCGCCCUCGGUGUCUCCGCUCCCCUCCCGUCUUUCUUCCUCUCUCCGCUCCCCUAACGUCGCUCUUCCCAUCUCCGCUUCCAUUCACGUCCUUGUUCCUCUCGCCCUUGAUCUUUCCUGUCGUUAUUCCUCACUACCGUCCCCUCCCCUCCCCUUGUUAA